UCAUCCAUAGCAUCGUCCCCAAGGCUCGGUUAUGUGAUCCCGAGAAGUUCACUACCCGGAUAUCCAAGCUGAUUAAUUGGUCGAGUCAGCGUGAGCAAUCAUUGAUGAUAUCUCAUGAUACUGCAGUAGUAUAAAAGGUCGCGUUCAAAACUUGUCAAGGAACAUCCCACCAAAUUUCAACGUUCUCAGACUCCCUAAUCAUCGUCAAGAAUAUGGCAAACGAUUCAAUCACCGUGAUCGAAACUGCCGAGCAGUACCAAGAACUCAUCAAUAGCCCAGGAAAGACCACCAUCAUCGAUUUCUGGGCGGACUGGUGUAUGCCCUGCAAAGCCAUAGCCCCCCGAUUCGCAAAACUCGCCGAAGAUAACACAAACGACAAUCUCGUCUUCGCGAAAGUCGAACUUAAGAUGGAAGAAGCGGAUCAUUGGACGGGUCCGGUUGCGAACGAGCUGAAGAUAGUGUCUAUACCGCACUUUGUGGCCCUGAGAGAUGGCAAGAAGAUCGAGUCUCAGAAGGGGGCUCAAGUAAAUCUUGUUGCUUUUGUUUCGCAGGUCCAGGCUUUGGAAUAGAGGAAGUGAUACCUGAUUCAUUAUCAUAUCACAAUAGAUUAGUGAGAUUAAUAUUGAUUCACUUAUUUCUGCGUUUCGCUGCGAGCCCAGA